AUGCAGUGGCAAUGGGAAUAUAUGUGCGGACCUGAAGGACUACAACCAUGGAAUGAUCGUUCAAAAGAUUUCGGCUUAUGUUUUCAGGAAUUAUUCUUACAAGUUCCUCUGUAUUUUCUGAUUGCUAUCAUAUCAGGCUACUAUGUUGGAUAUAGAAAAGACUGGGUAAUUCGUGGGAAGACACAGGAACGAACAUUAGUAUUUCGUAGUUUUAUUGUUUUAGUUUUAGUGUUCAUUCCAAUCAUAGAACUUUAUAUUGUUUUAACUAAAGCAGAUUUCAUUUUGUAUCCUGUUGAUUACUUUACGGCUGGUGCGUCAUGCUUGGCGUGGUUAUUUCAUUUCGGUUAUAUCUUGGCAUUGAAACACCGGCUGGGACAUAGUUCUAGAGGACCAUCAGCACAAAUAGUAAUGUGGAGUCUUGCAGUCAUCCUAAAUUUAAUAGCAUUGAGGAGUAAUAUAAUGGCCAACAAAGUUAUUGCAUUUGACAUUGCAACAUUAUCAUGCCAUAUAUUCUAUUUUCUGACACUUAUUCCAUCGAGUGACUCAAGACCUACAUUUUAUUCACCAUGCCUUGUUGGCUCUCAACACUCACAUAGUGAAUACACACCAUUGCUUCCACAUCUCGAUGAAGAGAUACUUGGGACAGCCAUGCAGGGAACAGGAUGCCUUUCACAAUUGUUUUUUUCAUGGGUGAACCCUCUACUUCAAAAGGGUCUGAAAAAUAAACUAAAUGACUCAGAAGAACUCUUUGACAUACCAGUAAAAUAUAGCUGUUCCUAUGUAGGAGCUAGAAUGGAUAGAGCACUUAUUGGAAAUGUGGACCAUUACCAGCAGUAUCAAGAUGUACCUCAUGAACCCUUUCUGGGAUCAGGUUAUGGUGCAACAGGAGAAACGAAUUCACAAUUUUCAACUCCAGUGACACCUACGACGCGUGUGCUAGUGCGACCACCCCGCAGGCAAAAUGUUACUUUACUAAGAGCCUUGCACAGUUGCUUUGCACUUCAGUUCUAUAGUAUUGGAAUACUGAAACUGGUUUCUGACAUGGCUGGAUUUGCAGGCCCAAUCUUACUUAACAGUCUCAUCAAAUUUGUUGAUGAUGAAAACAUUGAUCAGCAUUAUGGUUAUAUGUAUGCAGGAGGCUUACUUGCGGCAACGUUAAUAUCGACUUUUUUUAAUGUUCAUUUCAAUUGGUUGAUGUCGAUCAUUGGUCUCAAAAUGCGCGGUGCAAUAGUUGCCACGAUACUCAGAAAAACACUUAGUGUUACUUCAACGGAAUUAAACAAAUCUUUCUCUAUUGGGGAAAUAACUAACUUUAUGUCGACUGACACAGAUAGGAUUGUCAAUUCUUGUCCAAGCUUUCAUGCAUUAUGGAGCAUACCUCUGCAGUUGUUCAUUACACUAUUUCUGCUGUAUCAGCAAGUUGGAAUAUCGUUCCUUGCUGGUGUGGCGUUUUCUAUUAUUCUAAUUCCAAUUAACAAAUGCAUUGCAAACAAAAUUGGUGAACUUAGCACUGAGAUGAUGAAGCAUAAGGAUUCUCGAGUCAGUUUGAUAACUGAUUUGCUUAAAGGCAUAAGAACAGUCAAAGUUCAUGUAUGGGAAGAUUAUUUUAUUACACGCGUGACAGAGUCACGAGACAAGGAACUUCGGUAUUUACGCGGACGCAAAUAUCUAGACGCCAUCUGUGUCGUUUUGUGGGCAACAACGCCAGUACUUGUCGCAGCAUUCACCUUGGGCACUCAUGCACUUCGUGGUAUGCAACUAGAUGCUGCUACAGUUUUCACUACCGUUGCACUUAUCAAUAUGUUAAUUGCCCCGUUGAAUGCUUUCCCUUGGGUGCUAAACGGAUUAACGGAAGCUUGGGUCUCGAUAAAACGUAUUCAGAAGCUCUUAGAUCUUCCAGACAUGGACUUGGAACUCUACUACGAUCGUGUUAAUAAAAAUCAUGACGAAGAUAAAAUAAUAAUAUUUAAGAAAGCGACUUUUGCUUGGGCAAAACCGACGAAACGAAUCAAAUCUCCCAAGAAAUCUAAAAAGAACAAAGGAAAAUCUAAAAAGAACUUGUCUAGGUCAAACAUACAUCGGCGAGAUUCGUCAUCUUCCGACCCACUUCUGAAUGAACCGACGCCUUUCACGCUAAAAGAUAUUUCUCUGGCAAUAGGAAGGGAGGAAUUGAUCGGAGUGACUGGUGAAGUUGGAAGCGGCAAAUCAUCAUUAUUGCACGCCAUCAUUGGAGACAUGAUAAAGAAAAGCGGAGAUGUUCAAAUACCUGAAAAUAUUGAUAGUUUUGGAUACGUGUCUCAAAAGCCGUGGCUAAUUCGAGGCACAAUUCGUGACAAUAUACUAUUUGGCAAACCGUAUGACGAAGCUAAGUUCCGAAAUGUUGUGGACGCCUGCGCCCUAACUGAGGAUUUGAACGUAAUCGGUUGGAAUGCGUAUGUCGGUGAAGGCGGUUGUACGCUCAGCGGUGGUCAACGUGCUCGUAUCGCCCUUGCACGUGCUGUCUAUCAAGACAAACAAGUGUAUCUCCUGGACGAUGUGCUCUCGGGCGUGGAUACGAACGUGGCACACCAUAUAAUGACGCGCUGUAUCCUGGGCGUGUUGCGGCACACGACGCGUGUGUUCGUAGCGCACUCACAGCGCCACCUGGCGCGAGCCGCCCACACCGUCGUCUUGCGAAACGGACGGAUCGUUAGACAAGGGCCACCAGAAUCAGUAUUAAACGACCUGGACGAGUUUAUGCCCAGUGACCCUGAGUCGCUAGGAGAAGAGCCUAUGCGACCUCAAGAGCCGCAAACAGAUAAUAAGGAUAACAUUAGCCGUAACAGUUUAGACGAUGAUGAAGCUAUGUCUGAAGGAACUAUCGGUUGGUGGGUUCUCGGACUAUAUCUCCGCUCAGUUGGAUUCUUCCUUACAACGACCAUUAUAUUGUCAUUAAUCCUCAUGCAAGUUUCGCAAAACUUUACCUUUCUCUGGCUUACCUAUUGGGUCAAAAGUAACAUGAGAAAUUCAACUACAUUAAAUGAUAUGACAUUAAACGAGCAUGUUACAGAGAAAACGAGUAUAUUGGAUCAUGGAAUUAACUCUGUUGAAAAUGCAAUACACGGUUUAAUUAAUACUACGAUGUCAUUGUUUGACGGAACAAAUAAAGGAAACCAAACUCCUUUUAAUGAUGUGUCAUAUACAGUUCGUCCAUUAUUAGCAAACACUACAGCAAUGUAUACGGACAACUUUUAUCUAGAGAUUUAUUUUGGACUGGCUGCGCUAAACCUUGUAUUUACUAUAAUGCGAGCAUUCUUGUUCGCCUAUGGAGGCGUAAAAGCUGCCUCCAAGAUACAUAAGGUUUUGCUCAAAGUUAUAGUAAAGGCCAAAGUGAAAUUUUUCGAUAUAACUCCACUAGGGCGGAUUGUUAAUAGAUUUUCAUCUGAUACCUACACAGUGGAUGAUUCGUUACCAUUUAUUUUAAACAUUUUACUUGCGCAAUUCUUCUCGUUGGUCGGUGCGGUUGCCGUAACAGUAUACGGUCUACCCUGGCUACUAGUUGCUGUGGGUCCACUAAUUUUCAUUUACUACAGACUUCAGAGAACAUAUCGCGUUACUUCACGACAGCUCAAACGAUUGCAAAGUGUCACGCUCUCGCCUGUUUACACACACUUUAAUGAUACACUCGACGGGUUAGACACAGUUCGCGCAUUCGGCGCAAGUGGUGCAUGGUCAGCGCGAGGUGCGGAGUUGGUAGAAGCGUGGCAACGAGCUGCAUUAAGCGCUUCAGCCGCUUCGCAAUGGCUGGCGUUGCGCUUGCAGAUUGCUGCUGCCGCUGUUGUGACCGCCUCGGCGGGGCUUGCAGUACUGCAGCGAUCACUGCACACCGCCGAUUCUGGUCUCAUAGGUCUUGCCAUAUCGUACGCUUUGUCGAUGACUUCAAUGUUGAGUAGCGUACUUAACGCCUUCACGGAGACGGAGCGGGAGAUGAUUGCUGUCGAACGCGUCGGUGAAUAUAUCAAUCAAGUGGAAAUUGAAGAAGUGGAUGGCGUUUCGCCACCAUACGGCUGGCCGUCACAAGGCGUCAUAGAGUUCGAGAACGUAUACCUCAAAUACAGUGAUCGUGAAAAUGCGCCGAUGGCUCUAAACGGUGUGACGUUCUCUACGCAUCCUGGUGAGAAGCUGGGCGUAGUAGGGCGGACGGGCGCCGGGAAGAGUUCACUGCUACAUGCGAUAUUGAGACUAGUGCCGUUACAUAGUGGGACGUUGCGAGUAGACGGCGUUGAUAUAUCUAAACUGCAUUUACAUGCGCUUAGGUCUCGGGUGGGCGUGAUACCGCAAGAGCCGUUCAUAUUCUCGGGCAGCAUCCGCGAGAACGUGGACCCGCUGCGGCAGUACCACGACGCGGAGGUGUGGCGCGCGCUGGAGGCGUGCGGCGCUCGCGACGCGGUGGCGGCGUGCGGCGGCCUGCUCGCGCGCACUGACGCCGCGCGCCUGGCCCGGGGACACGCGCAACUGCUCUGUGUCGUGCGAGCGCUUUUGCAUCGACCCAAGAUCCUGUUGGUGGACGAGGCGACGGCCAACCUGGACAACGAGGCGGAGCGGUUGAUCCUGGACGCGAUCCGGUGCUCGUUCGGCGGCGCCACGGUGGUGUCGGUGGCGCACCGCCUCACGGGCGCGCUGGAGAGCGCGCGCGUGCUCGUGCUGCGCGCCGGCGCACCGCUGGAGCUGCGCGCGCCCGACGACGCGCUCGCCGACCACUCCUCGCACCUCUACAACCUGGUCUACGCCUCCUGA